AUGCAUGCCAUGUACGCUCCUACGGGGGCGGCUCUAUCCGAUGUUGUUGUGAAGUUAUAUAACGGCAAGAAUGAUCUGGUGGAGACAAUGGCCACCGACGUCUCUGGCCAAGCAACCUUCUUUGACUUACAAACCGGUACAUAUCGGGUUGUAGCACCAACUGAUGUCGCCAGCACGACCUUCGGUGAUAAUAUGCUGGUAGGAGACCCGGAUGACCUAGUGGAUGGCGAGACCUUUGUAUUUGUGACGAAUGGGCAGUUAACUGACGCAGGGGUGUUCCCGUACGCAGCGCCCGGUGAUAUCAGCGGAACACUCACAAGUGGAGCGUUUAACAGCCCCAUGCUCAGUAUGAAGGUGACGCUGAUGGACGCAGAGGGCAGUAUCGUUGCCGUCACACAGACAAACAGCAACGGCGGCUAUUCAUUCAGUGGACUCGAUCAGAACGCAUCUUACACAGUACUUGUGGACGUCAAGGGAAACAACGGGCACUACCUCGAUGAUGAGCCUUUUAGGGGCGAUGAUCUGUUGGAUGGGGGUUUCGGCGUCGAUCUUACUUUGGAGAAGCCGUCUGUUAGCAAUGUGGAUUACCAUUAUUCAAACCCCUAUUCAGUGUCGAAGCCAACCAGCAUAAUCACCGGAACAGUGGCAGUCACCACAAAUGGAGAUGAAUUAGAAAGACUACCCGUCACUCUGGUCGACAUUUCCAGCGGUCAAAUCAUAACUACCACCACCACGGACGAUAAUGGGAACUUCGAAUUCACAGAUAUACCAGUCGGUACAUACUACGUAGAGGUACCAGAGAACAACCCGAACGAUCCUAACCAAGUCGUCACCACAGGUCUACGAAACCCCAUUGUUGUAACCGGAGGAGGCGAUGCUACCGAUGUACUGAUCGGCUACUCGCCAUUGGGUGUGAUUACGGGUGAUGUUCGCGAUACGUUGGGAAAUAUGAUCCCCGGUGUGGAUGUGGUGCUGACAUAUCCGAACACGCAGGUGUCUGUUACCAAGGUAACCGAUCAGGAGGGCCGCUACUUCUUUACUGGCCUGACUGACCUGGGAAACUACAUUGUCACAAUAGAGGUCCCGGCCGAGUACACCAUAUUCGAUGACGAAUUGGACAGCAACGCUGAUCCGAUUGAUGGAGACAGUACUGUAAAAUACAUGGGAACGUCUGUGUCUGACGUCGACUUUGUACUUGUAUCAGGAGACUCAGUUGUCGGUACAGUUGUCGAUGCCGAUGGUAAUGGCGUGAGCGGUGUGAUGGUCACAUUGGUAGGUACGGGCGAAGACGCCACUGGCCAAGUGGCGUAUACCAAUGGUGACGGUGCCUACACAUUCGUGAGUGUCGCAGACGGUGGUUAUAUUGUCGGCGUUUCUGAUAGUCCCACCGUAGAGAUCGUCGCCGGUGGUGGUGAAGCUACGGUCGUAGAACCGUUCGUCCACAACCCCACCCCGAGUAACUACGCUGUCACCAUUACUGGAACCAUACAACAAGCGGGCGAUCUCAUUCCUAUCGAUUCAGGGGUAGUCUUUGAGCUGUAUGAUGCACAAGGCACCCUGGUAGCAACAACCACUACGAAUGCAAGUGGGAACUACGUAUUUGAGGAUGUCAAUCCUGGAAUGUACACCAUCAAGACGGAUACCAUACUCCCCGGCGCGGACGGCAAUCUGCGCAUGACGGACGACCCCGAUGGUAGUAUCGAUGGGGAGGUGACAGUCAUUGCGAAUGGAUACAAUGUUAUCUUGCCACCGUUCCUGUUUGCUCCCGAAACACUUGUCACGCCUACCAAUGACUUCUACGAUAACAUCACGAGGUGGACGUCUCUGAAUGAUGAGUGUGUGGACAAUUCUGAGGGGGGCGUGUGCACGAUGGAUAUGCAGUUUGAUGUUAAGGAUUGCGAUAUGACCGGUCUCUACACGCUGAUGAAUAUGGAGAUUGCCUGCUCACCCGACGCCGCGGCCAGCGGCGCUUGUCCUAAAAUAACCGAUCCGUUUAUGAAUGUAAUCGUAUCGGUUCAAACCAACGACUUGUGCGAAGAACAACAAUUCAAAAUCGAAGGAGCGUUCGAGCCGGACAUCCUGUUGAAAACCGAUGCAACCUACGCCGUUGAACGCCCAAACAAUCGCUUCACAUUGGGAGAAAUGACUUACUGGUCCCUUCGAUUGUGGACGAACGUCACUGGUAUCACGAUCGAGGACGCAAACAUUAUAAAGCUUGUGCGGGAGUCUGAUGGAGAUUGUGAAGGUCUUGGAUACAACCCCUAUCCUUUCACUAAAGAUGUGUCCCUACUUGCGCAACGGUUUGCGGGCGUCAAUGAGAUUGUGCCGCCAGAGAUCCAGACGCCCAUACGAAUAACGAGCGGAUUGGCAUGUGCCGAGUCAGAUAACACUUUCAACAUCAUCGAUCUCAACUUUACCAUCCGCGUAGAAUACCUGGAUGGAUCAGGCAUCAGCGGUGUGCCCGCGCGAAGACGCAGGAGGGACAUGUUCAAAGCACUCAGUCCCAGACAGGUAGACAAUGGAUUCGUAACCGGAGAGAGAUGGGUGGCUUCGGAUGUAGGUGUGGUGUACGAUAUCGAUACGUUUCUUAACGCGUUGAAACUGGAUGACAUUGUCAAGGGUAAUAGUAUGGUCACACAAAAGAAGGCGAGUUUGGCGGACUCUACCACGUUGGCCGUGUUCGUGGGGGGAGCUAUUGCUUUGUUAACAGGUCUGUGCUGCUGUUGCUGCAUGCUAGCGAGCUGUUUGCUAUUGAGGAAACGCAGGCAGAAAAAACGGGAAGAGGCCGUCAAAGUGAUUGACGGCACAAGCGCAAACUUCAGCAGCACCAUUGGCAGCACCAUCACCUUCAACAACAUAUCGAGUGUUGGUGGCUCCUACUUGGAUCGCAAGAAGAGUUUGGUCCCAGCAAGCCGGGUCUUAUCCAACCCAAUUUCGAAUGAAUUCGUGUCACAAGAGCAGUGGAUUCAACAGCCAGUGGCCAUGCUGCCAGACCCCUCCGUAUCCGGCGGAGACGAUGUUGCGAGUCAGCUUCCGACAAUCCAAAGGUCUUCCUCGCGGCAGGCCCAACAGCGCCCGUCCAUAACCAACUCUCCCAGGCGUACCUCCGUUGCUAUGAACCCAUCCAGCGUGUCACAAGAGCAGUGGAUUCAACAGCCCGUGGCCAUGCUGCCAGACCCCUCCGUAUCCGGCGGUGACGAUGUUACGAAUCAGCUUCCGACAAUCCAAAGUUCUUCCUCGCGGCAGGCCCAACAGCGCCCGUCCAUGACCAACUCUCCCAGACGUACCUCCGUUGCUACGAACUCAUCCAGGCGUACGUCUGUUGCUACCCACUCAUCCAGGAGGCCGUCUGUUUCUACCAACACCUCAGCCAAACCUGUAUCCGUCACCAACUCACCCGUAUUAUCACGAUCUUCAGUUGAUUCACCCCGAGGGAAUUCCCGGGCAGGACGCACCGUGCUGAAGGGGUCGGUGGCGCCAGAGCGAGAGGACUCGGAUAGUUAGCCGAUCAAAAGACUGCUUGCAUAUAGUGCGUAUAUGAAGUGAAGGGCAAGUAUUACAUUGGCGAUACUGGUGGUAUUUAGAGCCUUCUCUAUAAUGUAGCAACAAAAAACCUCUUUCCUUGACCUGCUUCUAUACGGAUUCAGUUUAGUAAAUAUAAAUACGUUGUACAUACUUUUGCUGGGAUUGCUAAACUUGUACGCAAUCCUAAAACCUUUAUCGAUUAAG